CUGUGGAAGCUGGAAAAUGGUGUUGGAUCCCCUGGUGCUGGACUUACAAUUGGGAAGCAUCUGACGUGGUGCUGGGAACCGAACUCAUGUCCUCCUGAAGAGCCGCAAAUGCUCUUUGCUGAGACAUCUCUCUAGCCCCUAGAGGUGACUCCUUUUAAGAGGUCCCUUUCCACUUUAUAUUCUUUUCUUGGUGACAGCAUGUUUACUGGAGGCCGAGUUAUCAUUAGCUGCUUGUGGCAUGGAGCAUGGCACCCGGCACCUAGGAGGCGCUCACAGAGAUGUGUACCAAAUGAAUGACUGUAGAGGAUGAGGAUGUCCUGCUCCGGACAUGCCUGCUCCUUCACUGACCUCACUGUGGAGUCUUAGGGCUAGACAAGUGUGAAGGAAUGAUGGGCCCCAGGACACUGUGGUGAGCAGAGGCCUAGAGGAAAUAAACACCCAGGCUAAGGACUGUUGAUACAUUUUUGUCCUGUUAACGAUUUCUUCCUUUGUUUUAAAAAAAUAUUUUUUUUCUGAAUUUCAUAAAAAUACCGUAUUUAGAUCAUUUCUACCCCUUACCCUCCCCUCACCGACUUCUCCUAUGCCCCCACCCCCUCUCACAUUUAUGACCUCUUCUUUGGUUAUUAUUGUCACACACACACACACACACACACACACACACACACACACACACACGGCUGCUGCCAUUAACUGUCUGCGGCUCUUUAUCUGGGGGUGGGACCUUUUGAACUUUCCCCGCAUCCAUGUUGGCAUGCCAACUGAUGAUGUCAUUGUUCAGGUCUUGAUUAGGUGACCAUACGGUUGGGAUUUCCUGGGCGCGGCUUCCCCGUCCUAUAGAAGACACUAUCUGGCAGCAGAUGUCCUGGUCCUCUGGCUCUUCCCAUCUUCCCACCCCUCUUCUUCGGUGUUCCCUGAGCCUUAGGUGUCGGGGUGUGCCGUGGAUGGAUCAAUCGGGGCUGUCGUUCUCUGCCUGUGAACAUUUACCGUACGGGGAAAGAGGAUGCUUUCAGGACAAUUACUCAGCUAGAGUGCCUAGAGGGAGAGAGUACUUUUGGGGAGGGGGAGCUGAGGGGCAGUGUGAGAAGUCUCCAGGGUGAUGAGAGGAGGUGGGCAGGAGUUAGGGGUGCAGACCGUGGCCUGGCACAAAAGACGGAAGCACUCUGUAAGUAAAGCAUCUCCUUUGUAGGGUGUAGAAGUGUUCACCGUCUGAAGAGAGCCUGCCAUGGCCUUGGACAAAGGCCGUUAGACUCCGACAGGGCCCGAAAGCUCUCCCCGUGUGCGCCGUUCCCAUGCUCUUUCUUCUCGGGUGCCCUGUGGUUGGCGGUCUCCCUGUUGUAGUAUGUGUGGGUUUCGGAUUGUGCAGGAGUACUUCUGUCUGUUCCUCCCUCAGCAUGCUUACUUCUUGGGGACAGAGCCUGUGGGAUGGGGACAUGUGGGGGAGAGAGUCCUCUGGGGAGACCAUGAUGCUGUGUGCUAGGGAAAUGAAUUACCCUUCCCUUUGAAAAGCUGGGAACAGAACGCUUUCUCUAGGACUUAGAACUCACCCAACUGGACACUGAACAGGCACGUGGGCUUCUGGUCCCUUGGGUGCCGGUGCUAGUAGGGCCUUGGUUGGCAUUCCCACAAAGACCAUGUCUACUCUGUCUGCAGCGGGAGCCCAGCAUUGACCUGCUGCAGGCCUUUGUGGAGCACUGGAAGGGUAUCACACACUACUAUAUCGAGAGCACAGACGAAAACACCCCAGCCAAGAAAACAGAUAUCCCCUGGCGGCUGAAGCAAAUGCUGGACAUCCUGGUGUAUGAAGAGAGGCAGCAGGUAUCCUCCAGUGAGGCCGGACCCUGUCUGGAAUACUUGCUACAGCACAAGAUCCUGGAGACCCUCUGCACUCUGGGCAAAGCGGAGUACCCUCCAGGCAUGCGACAGCAGGUGUUCCAGUUCUUCAGCAAGGUCCUGGCCCAGGUCCAGCACCCACUGCUACACUACCUGAGCGUCCACAGGCCUGUGCAGAAACUUCUCCGCCUGGGUGGGGCAGGCCCUGGGUCCCUCACGGAAAAGGAAGAAGUUCAGUUCACCAGUGUCCUCUGCUCGAAGAUCCAGCAGGAUCCAGAGCUGCUCGCCUAUAUUCUGGAAGGUAAAAAAAUUAUAGGCAAGAAGACAUCCAGAGAACCUACAGCUCUGCCUGAAGACAUAACUGGCUCCGGGGACAAGGACUGUCCCCGCAGUGACGCUCCCGGCAGGGAUCCCGGACUGGAUAGGGAGCACUGUGGUGUCCCAGCCUUGAGCAGCCACCUGCCUGCUGAGACGGAGGGGCCAGACAAUGGGCCUGGGGAGAGCAAUCUCAUCACCUCCCUGCUCGGGCUGUGCAAGAGCAAGAAGAGUCGGGUGGCCCUGAAGGCACGGGAGAACGUAUUGCUGCUGGUAAGCGUGGCCUCGCCAGCAGCUGCCACCUACCUGAUACAAAGCACCUCCUGUUGUGUGGUGAUAGCCGAGCAUCUCUGCCAGCUGUACCGGUCCAUGCCAGCCUUCCUUGACCCGGCAGACAUUGCCACUUUAGAGGGCAUCAGCUGGAGGUUACCCAGUGCCCCAUCUGAUGAGGCCUCUUUCCCCGGCAAGGAGGCUCUGGCUGCCUUCCUGGGCUGGUUUGAUUACUGCGACCACCUUAUCACAGAGGCACACGCGGUGGUUGCAGAUGCCUUGGCGAAGGCUGUAGCCGAGAAGCUGUUUGUAGAGACCCUGCAGCCCCAGCUCGUGCAUGUAUCCGAGCAGACCAUCCUGACGUCCACUGCCCUGUUGACCGCCUUGCUGCGGCAGCUGCGCUCCCCCGAACUGCUGCAGGAGGCCAUGACCUUCCUCUUGGGCACUGACCAGCAGCCUGCAGCCACAGAGGACAGCCCCCAUACGCUGGGCACACACCUCAUCAUGCACUGUGACCAUCUCUCCGACGAGAUCAGCAUUGCCACUUUGAGGCUGUUUGAGGAGCUGCUGCAGAAGCCGCAUGAAGGAGUCAUCCGCAGCCUGGUCCUGCAAAACCUUGAGGGCCGCCUGUAUGUGGCCCGGGGCUCGCCAGAGCCUGAGAACUAUGAGGACACCCUAGAUCUGGAGGAAGACCCCUACUUCACCGAUGGCUUCCUGGAUUCUGGCCUUCAGCCCUCCACAAAGCCUCCCGCGGCUCCUGCCACCAGUUCAGAUGGCAGAACAGCGGUGACGGAGAUCGUCAACAGCUUCCUUUGCCUGGUCCCUGAGGAAGCCAAGACAUCAGCCUUCCUGGAGGAGAAUGGAUAUGACACGUACGUGCAUGAUGCCUAUGGCCUGUUCCAGGAGUGUAGCUCCCGUGUGGCCCCCUGGGGCUGGCCCCUGGGCCCAGCGCCCCUGGACGCUCACCUACCCGAAAGGCCCUUCUUUGAGGGUCGCUUCCUCCAAGUGCUCUUUGAUCGCAUGACCCGGAUUUUGGAUCAGCCAUACAGCCUGAACCUACAAGUGACCUCAGUCCUGUCCCGGCUUGCCCUGUUCCCCCACCCCCAUAUCCAUGAGUACCUCCUGGAUCCCUACAUCAGCCUGGCCCCUGGCUGCAGGAGCCUGUUCUCUGUGCUUGUCAGGGUGAUCGGGGACUUAAUGCAAAGAAUUCAGAGGGUACCCCAGUUUCCGGGCAAACUGCUCCUGGUGCGCAAGCAGCUGAUGGGCCAGGUUCCCGGAGAGCAUCUGGACCAUCAGACCCUCCUCCAGGGCGUGGUAGUGCUUGAAGAAUUCUGCAAGGAGCUGGCCGCCAUUGCGUUUGUCAAGUUUCCCCCACAUGGUCCUUACCUGAACUCCUCUCCACCCCCGGAAGGGCAAGUCUGAGCCAGGAGCAUGAUGGGCGGAGGGGAAGACGCCUGCCUGUACUUCUGCCCAUGGGGCGGCUUCCUGCCUGGCCAUGCUGCCACGCUGUCCUCCAGACCGGGGGACUUGGGCUGCAGGAGACCUCACUGGUUGACCAUGUGAGCUGAGGUUUCAGGGUGGUGUCACGGAGCCAAAGAGCUGGCUUCUAAGGCAGUGGUGUUCUUGGGGCCUCCUUGGAGCCGCUGGAGGAUGGCCAGUGAGCAUCUAGACCCUAUCUAUCCCUGCUCUACUGUGACCAGGGCCACACCAUGAGACACGUCUAGGGGCGAGGGAAAUGAACUGCUGCCUUUGAGGCUUGCUAGAAAUCUAGUCCAGGGAGAGAGGGCCCAGAACCCUGUCUGUCCCAUUAGUUAUCAUGGAAGCUGCUGAGACUCGGCAGGCUUCUUCAUGGCUUCCGUGGCGUGAACAGAAGUGUCUCGGAGGCAGAGAGGGGGACUGUGGGGAAGCCCCCUCUUCCUGCUCUGCCCUCCCGGAGACGGUUGCAAAAUUUCCAACUGCCUCAUGGCAGGUGCCCAAAGCAUGCUCCGCGCCCAGGCGGGGGCAGCUGCUAACAAGAGCCUUGGCAACAGCUGCAGCCGGGGCAGGCAAGGGCCUUGGAGCUGGGAGCUGGGUGCCAGGCUCCAGCUCCAGCUGGUUCCUCUCUGGCGCCUUCUGAACCCGUCUUAGCAAGUCCACAGCACCUGAGCAGAGAGGUCAUUGACCAGGGGUGGUGGGUCUUGUCCUCUGAAUCCUGCCCGGUACCCAGGGAUCCCAGUGAGAUGUGCUCCUGGGGAGCACAGGCACUCAAGGGACCGGUGGGACAGGGUACCCCAACCCCAGACCCCCGAGGCCUAGUGAGGAGGGGCUGAGACACAAGCAGAUAGCUCUGGUAUUGUUCUUCGUGUGUCCUUCAUGGCUGGGGCUGCCACCCCACCCGGCCUGAAUCUGUCUCAACCUGUAAGAACACCCGGGCGGUGCCAGGCAUUACCUCACGACGGGCCUGCAGUCGUUGGCUUUGCUCCUGGGCAAGGAGGAGCAGGCCAGAGCCCCUUCUGCUUCCUCUUCCUGCCCAUGCCGCCUCUCGAAGCCGGGCACAGGUUGCCAGGAGGUGACAUGAAAGAGGAGGAAACUCAGUGACCUCUACCUCUCCCGAAUUCCUCCCAGCGGGGGAGGACUUGUCUGCUGCUCCGAAGAACAUCACGCACUCCUGUGUGUACGAGCUGUGUAUGUGUGUGUGUGUGUGUGUGUGUGUGUGUGUGUGUGUGUACGUACGUGGGCGCUGGUGUGGGAGCAGAUCUUGGUGGAGUGGGUCUACACUCGGAGAUUCUUACCGUUCGAGGGUCUGGGCAAUAAUGCACUUUGGCAUUUGCAUGGUGUCUUCACAACAGCACAGCAAUAAACGGUGUGAUUGUAUGGACACGA